AUGGCAUUUAGCGGAUAUAUACCAACAUUCAAGGAACGACACUCAUUUGGUCGAACUCUUUUUAUCGCUUUAGCAGCACGUUCAAAAGAUGCGGCAGAAGCACGACAGCAGCAACCGAAUAAGAUUCCUGUUGUGAUUGAGCGAUUUGAAGGGGAGAAGUAUUUGCCACUUUUGGAUCGGUGCAAAUUCCUGGUGCCAGACCAUAUAACAAUUGCCGAAUUGAUGCAAAUUGUGCGAAGGCGAUUACAGCUUCAUCCGGAUCAAACUUUCUUCCUCCUAGUCAAUGAGAAAUCAAUGGUAUCAAACAGUAUGAAUAUGUAUCAGCUAUAUCAGCAGGAAGCAGACCAGGAUGGUUUUUUGUACAUGGUUUAUACUAGCCAACCGGCAUUUGAUGGAUUUGCAUUAUGGCUUUGUGAUAAGGGGACUGGAAUAAUGCGAGCAGGGGAAAGGCGGCAAACGAUGGUCGAAAGUUCUCACGUAGUGAGGUUGGAUGGCUCUGUACCUCACAAAUUGACGGAGGAUGAAGACAGAAUGUCUAGUGAUUUGUUUCCGUAUUCGGUGAACUAUUUCGUAACAUAUUAUCAGCUUCUGAGAGCUAUUUAA